UCUUACUCUAAAAACAAAAUGUCUCUCAUAAAAAUAUGUUUGUCUAUGUUGGCUUUUUGCUUGAUAUCAGCACAAGGAGCAAGGUUCGACAUCGUAAACCAAUGCUCCUACAAUGUGUGGCCUGCCGCCAUUCCAAGCGGUGGCGGUAGGCAGUUAAAUCCACGCGAGACAUGGGGAUUGGACAUCCCCGCCGGAACCCAAUCCGCUCGAAUUUGGGGCCGAACUGGCUGCAACUUCGACGGUUCAGGCCGCGGCAGUUGCCAAACUGGUGACUGCGGUGGUGACCUCAGUUGCCACUUAUCCGGUCAACCACCAACCACACUUGCGGAAUUUUCGCUUAAUGGUGGAAAUAAUCAAGAUUACUUUGAUAUAUCUGUGAUCGAUGGUUUCAAUAUUCCAAUGCAAUUUAGUUCAACAACUAAUAAUUGCAACCGUGUACUAACUUGCAAGGAUUCUUCAUGCCCUGAUGCUUAUCAUCAACCUAAUGAUGUUAAAACGGUUUCAUGCCCCGGUGGAACUAAUUAUAGAAUCGUCUUUUGCCCUUGAAAUUUUAAUUAUUAAUUCAAUUGAACAUUUUAUGUUCAUUCUAUUAUAUAGCAAUAAACCAAAUCUAAUAUUGUAUCUGCACUAGUAUGUGUAGGAUGUACGCACAAUAUUAUUUUUGCUUAAUUAUCCGUGAAAUUAUUACUAUAAUUUCUGGCGAUUACAAUAUGGAAUAAAAUUGUCUUUGUUGAAUUA